CAGAUCCUAUGCCUCCCAUCACUUGCUGUCUCAUCUUUCUCAAUUUCAUUCCUCCGUGGAUUAACGAUCUCUCGCUCUCUUCUCUAAUGGGUUUGAAAAAAUCAAUCUUUUGAUUCAUCUGAUUCUGGUCUUACACAUCUGGGUCCGUUUCUUUGUGCCUAUCGUAAAAACCAGUGAUUAGGUUCUCAUCUUUGAGUCGGAGACAAUGGAUAUAAGCAACGAAGCAGGCGUUGAUGCGUUCUCAAUUAUAGGACCCACGACUAUAAUCGGAAGAACAAUUGCCUUCCGGAUCUUGUUCUGCAACUCCGUGUCUAUAUUCAGACACAAAGUCUUCAGAUUUCUCAUGUUUUUCCUCAGAGGAGGUAGGGUUUUACUGUCACCGUUUGUGUCCUUACUACAUCCCAGGAAUCCACAAGGGAUAUUAGUAAUGGUGACGACGAUGGCUUUUCUGUUGAAUCGCUACACAAGCUUAAAAGCAAAGGCUGAGAUGGCUUACAGAAGGAAAUUCUGGAGGAACAUGAUGAGAGCUGCAUUGACAUACGAGGAAUGGUCUCACGCCGCAAAGAUGCUCGAUAAAGAGACUCCGAAGGUGAACGAGACAGAUCUUUUUGAUGUGGAGCUCGUGAGUAAUAAGCUUGAGGAGCUUAAGCAUAGACGUCAUGAGGGCUCUCUGAGAGACAUUAUCUUCUGUAUGAGAGCUGAUCUUGUGAGAAAUUUAGGUAAUAUGUGUAACCCUGAGCUUCACAAGGGAAGGCUUCACGUACCGAGACUCAUCAAAGAGUAUAUCGAUGAGGUCUCGACACAGCUUAGGAUGGUUUGCGACAUGGACACUGAAGAGCUUUCUCUGGAGGAGAAACUCUCUUUUAUGCAUGAGACGAGACACGCAUAUGGAAGAACGGCUCUGCUUCUGAGUGGAGGAGCUUCUCUAGGGGCUUUCCACCUUGGUGUGGUCAAGACGCUUGUGGAACAUAAGCUCUUGCCAAGAAUUAUAGCUGGUUCAAGUGUGGGGUCUGUAAUGUGUGCGGUUGUGGGGACAAGGUCAUGGCCUGAGUUACAGAGCUUCUUUGAAGGCUCUUGGCAUGCUUUGCAGUUCUUUGAUCAGAUGGGAGGGAUUUUCACUACUGUGAAACGGGUUAUGACUCAAGGGGCAGUCCAUGAGAUCCGGCAUUUGCAAUGGAAGUUGAGGAAUCUCACCAACAAUCUCACAUUCCAAGAAGCUUUCGACAUAACAGGACGGAUUCUAGGGAUAACAGUUUGUUCCCUGAGAAAACACGAGCCGCCUAGAUGUCUCAAUUACCUUACUUCGCCUCAUGUUGUGAUAUGGAGUGCAGUGACUGCAUCUUGUGCUUUCCCAGGCCUUUUCGAGGCUCAAGAACUCAUGGCCAAAGAUAGAACUGGAGAGAUUGUUCCUUAUCAUCCACCUUUUAACUUAGAUCCUGAAGAGGGCUCAGCAUCAGUUCGGCGCUGGAGGGACGGUAGUUUGGAGAUGGACUUACCGAUGAUACAACUCAAAGAGCUUUUCAAUGUCAACCAUUUCAUUGUCAGCCAAGCCAACCCUCACAUAGCACCUUUCUUGAGGAUGAAGGAGUUUGUAAGAGCUUGCGGAGGUCGAUUUGCGGCAAAGCUCGCGCAACUCGCGGAGAUGGAAGUGAAGCAUAGAUGUAAUCAAAUACUAGAACUCGGGCUUCCUCUGAGAGAAGUAGCUUCACUAUUUGCUCAAGAAUGGGAAGGCGAUGUCACUAUCGUCAUGCCAGCUACUUUUUCUCAGUACUUGAAGAUCAUACAGAACCCAAGCAAUGUAGAGAUUCAAAAGGCAGCAAAUCAAGGAAGGAGAUGCACCUGGGAGAAACUCGCAGUAAUCAAAGCAAACUUCGGGAUCGAACUAGCACUCGACGAAUGCGUCGCCGUUCUUAACCACAUGCGCCGCCUAAAACGCAGCGCUGAAAGAGCCGCAGCUUUCUCCGCCAUCUCAUCCUCACCACCAUCUAAACAUCUUUUGGCCGGAACCAAUAGAUUCAACGCCUCCAAAAGAAUCCCUUCCUGGAACUGUAUAGCUCGUCAGAACUCAUCCGGAUCCGUCGAUGAUGAUGUGCUAGCUGAAGCUUCACGGUUAUACCAGCAUAUCGUAGUUGGAUCCGGGAGGAAUAGUAAUCGAACCAGCAACUUAAGCCAUUCCUAUGACGCAGGAAGCGAAUGUGAUUCUCCAGAAGCUGAAGAUUGGACUCGAUCUGGUGGACCAUUGAUGAGGACCAAUUCUGCUCAGAUGUUCACAGACUACGUCCAGAAUCUCGACGCCGUUGAUCCCGAACAGAUUAGAGCUUCGGAGAACGAUUCGAUUGUGGCGGCUUCUUCGUCUUCUCAUAGCAUCACUGUCACGGAAGGCGAUUAUCUUCAGACGGGAAGAACACACAACGGAUUCGUGUUGAAUCUCGUAAGAGGAGAGAAUUUGAGGAUGAAUCAAGAUCUGGAAGAUAUCCCAACCGAAAGUGAAACUCCGGAAAGCGUGCAACUCGAUUCGCCGGAAAAAGACAUUAUUGACGGAGAUAGCUCGGCGUCGGAAGACGGAGACCCUCAGGCGAAUCUAAUCCAUGAGUAACUGUAGAGACGGUUAGACUGACCAAGUCAAAGAGAAUUUCCUCUCUUCUAAAGGACUAGGUUGCAAAAUCUAUACAGUGCUUCAAAAUUUUGUAGAGUAGUCCUCUAUAUUUGAGAGAAUCUCAAUUUAGCCAUGAAACUUUUCAAGAUUCAAAUUUCACCUAAAUAUAUUUUUUUUGGCAGC